UUCAUCACCACGACCGGCCAGCAGCUCAUCAAAAGGUUCCAUCUAUCGGCCAUGGCGACCUGCAACCAGCUCCUUCUCGCCGUCGCCGCCGUCGGUUGCGCCGCGGCGAUAGCCAUGCCCGGGGCGGCAGCCGAGGCCGCGCCGUUCCAGCCGAUCCCGAACGUGGACGCCCCCCAUAUCCAGGAGCUGGGCCAGUGGGCGGUGCGCGAGCACGUGAAGCAGGCGAACGACGGGCUCACGUUCAACAAGGUGUUCGGCGGCCAGUUCGAGGUCGUCGCCGGGCUACGCUACGUGUUCGACAUCGACGCUGUGGGCAGUGACGGCGUGGUCGGUGCUUAUACCGCGGAGGUGUACGUGCAGGACUGGACCAACACGCGCCUGCUCGUGUCUUUCAACUGAUCGAGUCUCGAGUGGGAGCCGACGUGCAAAUCUCCUGCAUGCAUAUGGUAUUGAAAAAGGGUACCACGAUCAUACAUGGCUGGAUUGUAAUGGCUUUUGGUGUACAGUAAUAAACACGAGUUCGAAAUAUUGAAGGUGGAUUUGUUUU